GACACACUAAACGAAUUAAAUAACACUAUUGGUGGAAUUUCAAUGUUACACUUAUUUGCCUGCUUAUCCGUAUGUGGGCUGCCUGUUUGUCUGUCCAUCAUAUGAAUCCAUAUUCAGUUCCUUUAAUUAUAUCUAUGCGCCAAUGUAAUUAGCAGGUCAACAGGUUUCUUUCUGUUGCAUCUUAAACCAUCCUACUGUAAAUCACGAGAAUGGCAUUGCUUUUAUUCACUAUUGCCUGCUUACUGUUUCUUCAACAGAGGAACAUAAAUUCUGAAUAUUACACCGCUGUUGUUGAUAUAACGAAAGCAUGGAGGUUAAGUAAAGAAUUGGUGUCGGAUCUAAAUUCUUACAUCGCUCUUGAAGAGGAACGACUUAAUCGUAUUCGGAAAGUUGUAAAAGUCUUAGAUGCUGAUGGAUCAAUUAGCGACUCCUCAUCAACACCAAACCAACAAAAUGAUGAUCUGGAAGAAUAUUUAGGCAAUCCGAUUAAUGCGUAUCUUACAAUGAAGCGUCUUUCAUCAAGUUGGAAAUCGGACAUCAAUCAACUUGUUGACAGUGUACCAAAUGGCCUUCAGAAUAAUGAUAAUAAUGGGUCAGAUGAUUUGAAUAUUUCUGACCCUCAAAGCACAAUCACAAUGAAUACAAUUCGAUCACGUGUUAAACUUCGUACAGAUAUGCUACCUGGCGAUAAUGAUGUCAGUGGUGCAGUAGAUGCGAUUCUACGCUUACAGUCUACAUAUAAACUACCAGCUAGACAACUUGCCUAUGGUCAGUUAAUUGAUAAUCUAUCGACUCCUCAACUGAAUGCUGCCCAAUGCCUGGAGGUAGGUAAACAAGCCUAUUCACAGGGUGAUUUUGAGCAAUCAGAAGAAUGGUUUCGUGUAGCAUAUGAUCGGUUAUUUGAAAAACUAGAACGCAAAGAAGGAGUUGUUGCACAGGGAACUACCAUCUCAAGUGACGAAACUGAAGAAAACGAACCGACAGUAGGACAAAUUUUAGACCAUCUUGCCUAUUCUCUCGGACGACAAGGAAGAUACGCUGAAGCAUUGAAUAUAACACGUUUACUCAUUGAAGAGGAACCGACGAAUACACGAGCUAUCAACAAUGAAGCAUACUAUGUAGAACAAAUAGAUAGAGGUGAAGGAAGAAUCGGUCCGAAUCCUCGUUCUCAAGCCAUAACAAAGCAUGAUCAAGAGACUGAGUUAUACGAAUCAUUAUGUCGUAAUGAAAAUCCCUUGCCUGCAGUCCCGUCACAUUACUUAGUGUGUCGAUAUUAUAUUCCUCAUGCGUUUUAUAGAAUUGGUCCACUUAAGGAAGAAAUUUUAAAUCCUGAUCCACGUAUUGUUAUGUGGUAUGAUUUAAUUUUUCCAUCGGAAAUUGAAAAAAUCAAGGAAUUGGCUACACCAAGACUUCGUAGAGCAACGGUUAAAAAUCCAGUAACUGGCAACUUAGAGGUAGCCUUCUAUAGAACCAGUAAAAGCGCUUGGCUUCCACAUUCUAUGAGUGAAAUUACUGACCGGAUAAGUCAGCGUAUACGUGCUGUUACGGGUUUGUCUCUUGAGACUGCUGAAGAUCUACAAGUUGGUAAUUAUGGAUUGGGUGGACAUUAUGCUCCACACUUUGAUUUUGGUCGAAAAAGAGAAAAAGAUGCGUUUGAAAUUAAGAAUGGGAACAGAAUAGCAACGAUUAUUUUUUAUGAUCAAAUAGUCACAAUUAGAGUUUUGAUCAAACUCCUCUAAAAUAAGCUACAUUCUUUUUAUUCUCAUUUGCCUACAAUUACUGAAAUCCAAUUAAGGACAGAAGUCAUAACAUUAUAUAUGGAACGGGAGAUCUGAAUUUACUGCGUGAAUUGAAAUUAUACUGUGCCAAUUACUUAUCUGAUGUACAAGCAGGAGGAGCCACCGUAUUUAAUCGCAUCGGUACACGUGUGGUCCCUAAGAAAGGAGCUGCUGGCUUUUGGUUCAAUCUUUUGCCAAGUGGAGAAGGAGACCUACGAACUAGACAUGCUGCUUGCCCAGUUUUAGCCGGCUCAAAAUGGGUAAUGAAUUUGUGGUUUCAUGAGCGUGGUCAAGAAUUUCAUAGACCAUGUGAAUUAGAGCGUGGGACAGUCGAAACAGAUGAUGGUUUUUAAUUAUAAUCACUUCUGUUUCUUUGGAAACUAUGCAUUCACUAUAUUACUUGUUUGUAGUUUCCUUUUGUAUUCAUUUUGUUGCUACCACAUAUACUAUGCACUGAUGAUUUUGCUAAAUAACCUUUGAAAUGCUUAUUUUCAUUGAAAACAGUAAAGUAGUGUAUUAGUGAAUAUUUCAGUGCAUAAAAUAUAAUCAGUUUUAACUGAUUUCUUUUUCUAUGCUUCCUUAUGACGAAUAAUUUUUCUUUCUAAAAAGAAUGAUCUGGUACACAUGGCUUAUAAAUCUGAUGACUCAUCA